AGGCACCGGAGCCCCCCACCUGUCAGCGGGAGAGACAUACUCCGUGGCCAGCGGGCUGAGGAUGACGCCCGGGAAUCUCUGGCGGAGGCGCAGGGUUCGCAGCAACCCUUUCCGGGCUAGUUUUCUCCCGGUGCAUUUCUUGGGAUCGCAGUGUCCGAGCUCCCACAUGGCAAGGGGGCAGGGGAACUUGGCCUCCCGAGCGCCCCCAUCCGCGGCCCUCUCGCCCUCCAGGCAAGCUGAAAACAGCAAGUGUACAUCAGUGCCCAGCGCCGACGCGGCAGAGCCCGGCAGGACGUGCCUGCCCUUGUCCGCGUCCCGCGGCGCCUCACGCACCUCUCAGCGCGGCCUCUGCUUCCACCGCGAAAGUCUCGAGGCUGCGAGCCCCGCGCCGGCUCCCGCGCCGGCUCCCGCGCCGGCGGUGCUCCAUGGCCGCGCCCGGCGGAGACACCGCCCCGCUGCGCGCGCACUUCCGCUUCCCGCGGCACCGGCGAUGGCGGCCCGGCUGCUGCUGGCGGCGCUGAGCGCGGCGCUGGGUCUCUUCGCCUCGGCGGGGAAGAUGAAGAUCGUGGAGGAGCCGAAUACGUUCGGGUUGAAUAACCCAUUCUUGCCUCAGACAAAUAGGCUGCAGCCAAAGAUGUCCCCAUCUGCAGUAUCAGGCCCUGCACAUCUCAUUAGGCUUGCUGGCAAGUGUUUCAGUUUCAUGGAAUCCACGUACAAGUAUGAGUUUUGUCCUUUCCAUAAUGUCACCCAGCAUGAGCAGACUUUUCGUUGGAAUGCCUAUAGUGGGAUUUUAGGAAUCUGGCAUGAAUGGGAAAUUGACAACAACACGUUUGUUGGAAUGUGGAUGAGGGAAGGAGACUCCUGUGAAACUAAGAGCAGACAGACAAAGGUUCAUCUUGUUUGUGGAAAGAGCAAUAAAUUGGCUUACGUGUCUGAGCCAAGUACUUGCGUUUACUCUCUGACAUUUGAGACUCCUCUCGUGUGCCAUCCCCACUCACUUUUAGUUUAUCCAACUCUGACUGAAGCACUGCAAAGGAAGUGGGAUGAAGCAGAGCAGCUUCUGUAUGAUGAACUAAUAACUGACCAGGGUUACAGAAAAAUACUGAAAGAGAUUUUUGAGGAAGCAGGACUUCUGAAAGCAACAGAAGAAAAUGAAGCUGAAAAACAGAGUAAGAAAAUAACUCUGGAAUUUGAAACAGUGGAGACGUGCAGUAAGGAAUACAAGCAACUUUCUGAAGAAAUAAAAAAACUAAAAGUUUUAUUACGUCGGCAUGGUAUUGCAUACAAAGGAAAUUCUGCUGGAAAUACCAGUGUUGAGUACGUAAGUCACCAUCUGGCAACUGCAGUGGCAUCGGUUCUUAAUAGGUCAAAGGAUGACAAGCACCUGCAUGGCGAUACAGGAAUUUGGAAUUACACUGUAUGAAGAAACUUGGGUGGUACAGACUGUAAAUUAAACUGAACGUGUAUUAUGCCAGAAAUGGGAUUUACCUUCUUGUGAGUCUUCUUGGCUUUUUGAAUUUCUGCCCUAAAGCAAACAGAAUGUAGUAGAGGGAAGGCACACCAUUAUGAGACUAGUUGGCUGGUUUCUGAGAACAUUUGUAACGCUUCUUUGCAAAGACCAGUAUUUGGCACAAAUUUACAGAUUCUGUGUGUCUAGUCCCAGCUUUUGCUAUUUUUACUGAUCAAGUGUGGCAACAGUUGGAGUAAACACAAACCAGCUCAAGACCAGUGCUGCAAGACGUAAGAAAGGUACUAAAUACAAUAUUAAGGACAUAUUAUUUCAAUUUGUAUGGUAAAAAGUUUUCUGGGCACACUUUAGCAGAAAAAGAAACGUUUUCUGCCACAGCAGUGCAGAGCACGCCACUCCACCCACUCGUGUUCAAAGGUUAAUGUCGUAUUUGGCUGUCGGGUUAAAUGAAAGUUGGUCAGGAUCUGACAGAAAGGUGCGAUGAAACCGCUGAAUUGUUGUAAAAGCACAGUUGUGCGAAGGGAAUACCUGGCAAGUCUCUGUACGUAAUGCGGAAUAAAAUGGACUCUUCCAACACAA